AUGAUUCUGGGACUGCAGCCUCGGGCCUCCGGCCUCCUGUUCACGCCCCCAGCCCUGGCCCUGCUGGACGUGCUGCUGGCCGCGGUUGAUCGCCCGCCCAAGGCUGGGGUCCCCAGGCUCAGCCAGACCCGGGACUCUGAGUCUCCAGGGGGCGAUUUGGAGAUGGCGGGUAGUGGGGCAGGGGCGUCUGGCGGGGUGGGCUGCCGUGCCCCAGCCACACGCCCCCCUCGGCCGGAGAGCAAACGCUGGUGUCCUGUCUCCUUCCUCUACGCCUUCCUGAACCUUCUGGUCAGCGCCUCUGUGGUCUUUCUCGUCUUCAUCGCCAGCACCAUUGUGAGCGUGGGCUUCACCAUGUGGUGUGAUGCCAUCACCGAGAAGGGCACCGUGUCCCACAGCUGCGAAGAGCUCCAGGACAUCAACUUGGAGCUUAACGUGGACAACUCUGCCUUCUACGACCAGUUUGCCAUCGCCCAGUUCGGCCUCUGGGCCUCGUGGCUGGCCUGGCUGGCCGUCACCAUCCUGGCUUUCCUGAAAGUCUACCACAACUACCGCCAGGAGGACCUGUUGGACAGCCUGGUCCACGAGAAGGAGCUGCUGCUGGCCAGGCCGACCCCCCGCACCUCCUUCCAGGAGGAGAAGAGCGCGGUCAUCUAGGUGCGGGCGGGGGAGCCCGGCCCCCAGAUGCCCCCCCCAACCCCCGCCUCGCCCCGGGGCUCACAGCCCCACCUGGGGGAGCAGCGGGGGGCCCUGCCUGGCCCCACCUGCCCCUCGCCUUGCAUGUCCCCCCUCGGCACCGUGCAAAGUGAGUGAGCCCGCUCACCGAGCCCCCCCACCCCCACCCUGAGCGUGGCGGCUGCCCCGGGUGGGCGCCGGCCCUCAGGGCCACGCAGGGGCCUCUUCCGGGCUCCGUGCUUGCACGGCCGGCUUUUCCGGGGGGCGCUGGCCGGGCAGGCCUGCUGAGCGGGGGUCCAGACUCUAGGGCACCUCUGCCGUAGGGCUCGCCUGCACGCCACGGCUGGGUGCCAUCUCCAUCACCUUGCCGGCUUGCCCGGGUGUGAUUCUGUGUGCGAUUCUGUCGGGCAGCCUGCGUCCCCAGAGUGACCCCAGCCCACGAGGACCACGUGUCGCUCUUGUCCCUUGCUCCUGAGCAGUGUGUGGGCCAAGACUUCUGUGGCCUGGGAGCUGGGGGGUGGGUGCAGGAGGGAGCUCUCCGGCAGUGUGUUCCCCACCUUCUGGCCCUGCACCCCCCGCCCCUGCCGCAGGGCCCGGUUCCCUGUGCUCCUGCUUCGUGGUGCUCAGGUGGCCAGGCCUGGUCUCAGCGUCAAAAGCAUAGGGCAGUGGUGUUGCCCUGAGUCAGGUGGUGGCUGUGUGGGUGUCCUGGAAAGUGGCCGUGGUGUCAGGGCUGGGGGCCCGCGCCCGGUGCCCCUCGUCCUCUGCCAUGGGACUUGCCGGGGGAGCCCCGGGUGGCCCUGCCUGGAGGCUCCUCGGGCCCCAACGUUUGUGUCACAGGGUGGGGAGGUGGGGGAGGCGGGGACACGGUCCUAGGGGCACAGCGCCCCCUAGGGAGGAUGGGGUGGGGCAGG